GGAGAGGAUGAUCAGUCUGCAUCCGAGAGCUGCAUAAACAAAAAAGGAGGGAAUUGGAUUGAUUCUACCGGUAAUUAAGCUUGGAUGCAGUCCUGGCAGCUGACCGGGGCACACGUUCACCUGUUUUCCUUUCCUUUCUUUUUUUUUACUCCAUCUCGAGGGCUCCUUACUUCCGUUUACGACACAUGGUACUCCGUACUGAAGUUUCCGCUUUGGCCCCAACCGGUCUUCCCUUGCUAUGCGACUCGACUGGUCCUGAAAUUGAUGACGGCUGAGAUUAAAGGGAUGCGAGAGUUUUGCGACCGGCCUUUUUGGUUGAUUCGAACACCACGUAUCCCCGGCAGGCAGUGCAUACCAGUUACCUCUACGACAAAUCGACGCAGGAUAAUGCUGGUUGCCUGGCCUGGGUGGGUUCGCCGGGAAUUAUGCGAGCUUGGACCAGCGGCGCCAAGCAGGAAUAACGAGAGGGUCAGUUGAGGCUUUGGAGAUCACCCACCACAAUUCCCUACGCGCGGAGCACGGCGUAGUAGUACUACUAAGGUUGGGCAGUGUUCUCUCGUGCCUCUUCCGAGAUAUUGACCGCGUUCCAAUGUCCUUUGCGACCCGUCCAGGGCCCGUGAGAAAUCGAUUAAUUAAUCAAUAUAAAUUAAUUACCGAAGACGCUGGUAUCGUACCGCCCGCGUCCAU